AUGGGGAAGCUCGAGGAUAACGAGAGGGUGAUCCUCAACGUCGGGGGCACCAGGCACGAGACCUACCGGAGCACCCUGAAAACGCUGCCGGGCACCCGGCUGGCUCUGCUCGCCUGCCAGUCCCAAGGCGACUCCCCUGGCGGCGGAGAGAAGCACCACCAGCCGCCGCUUCUGCCCGCCUCCAACCCGGCCCCCAAUCCUGGAGGCGGCGGCGGCCCCCUGGAUACCGUGGGCGGGAGCGGCUGGAGUUCGCGGGCCAAUGGCGGCGGCGUUACACGCGGCGGGAGCGGCGCGAGCUGCGAAUUCUUCUUCGACCGUCACCCGGGGGUCUUCGCCUACGUGCUCAACUACUACCGCACCGGGAAGUUGCACUGCCCCGCCGACGUGUGCGGGCCGCUCUUCGAGGAAGAGCUGGCUUUCUGGGGCAUCGACGAGACCGACGUGGAGCCCUGCUGUUGGAUGACCUACAGGCAGCACCGCGACGCUGAGGAGGCGCUGGACAUCUUCGAGGCGCCCGACCUGAUUACCGGCGAGCCUCCUGGCGACCCCGACGACGACGAGUUAGCCGCCAAGCGCUUGGGCAUCGAGGACGUGGGUGCCCUGGGCGCCUCUUCGUCUUCCUGUGCUAACGGGUCUCCUCUUGACGGGAACGGCGGCCGCUGGAAGAGGCUCCGACCGCGCAUCUGGGCGCUCUUCGAGGACCCCUAUUCUUCCCGCGCCGCCAGGUUCAUUGCUUUUGCCUCUUUAUUCUUCAUCCUACUCUCGAUUACCACCUUUUGCCUGGAAACCCAUGAAGCAUUUAAUACCAUUAAAAAUAAAACAGAACCUAUCAAAGGUAGUGAGCCAGUUCUACAAUAUGAAAUAGAGACAGAUCCAGCUCUAACAUAUGUUGAAGGAGUCUGUGUGGUGUGGUUUACAUUUGAGUUUUUAGUCCGUGUUGUUUUUUCACCCAACAAACGUGAAUUCAUAAAAAAUCUCUUGAAUAUCAUUGACUUUGUGGCAAUUUUGCCUUUCUAUCUAGAAGUGGGUCUGAGUGGGCUCUCCUCUAAAGCUGCUAAGGAUGUUCUUGGUUUCCUCAGGGUGGUGAGGUUUGUGAGAAUAUUGCGAAUCUUCAAGCUCACUCGACAUUUUGUUGGCCUCAGGGUGCUUGGUCAUACGCUCCGUGCAAGCACCAAUGAGUUUUUGCUGCUGAUAAUAUUUUUGGCAUUAGGAGUGUUGAUAUUUGCCACCAUGAUCUAUUACGCUGAACGAAUAGGUGCCAAACCCAAUGACCCAUCAGCUAGUGAACAUACAGAGUUCAAAAACAUUCCCAUUGGGUUUUGGUGGGCUGUGGUCACCAUGACUACUCUUGGAUAUGGAGACAUGUAUCCAAAGACUUGGUCAGGCAUGCUAGUGGGUGCUCUGUGUGCUUUAGCUGGAGUGCUGACCAUAGCUAUGCCUGUGCCUGUUAUUGUCAACAAUUUUGGAAUGUACUAUUCUCUGGCCAUGGCGAAACAGAAGCUUCCAAGAAAGAGAAAGAAGCACAUCCCACCUGUUCCUCAGGCAAGGUCCCCUACAUUUUGCAAGACAGACUUGAAUAUGGCCUGCAAUAGCACACAGGGAGAAGUCUGUCUUGGCAAAGACAACCGGCUGAUGGAACAUAAUAAAUCAGUGUUAUCAGGUGAAGACAGUACAGAAAGUGAGCAGCCAUUGUCACCUAUGGAAAGGCCCCCACCAAUCAGACGCUCUAGUACCAGAGACAAAAACAGAAGAGGGGGAACAUGUUUUCUACUGACAGCAGGUGAUUACCCGUGUGCUACUGAUGGAGGGAUCAGGAAAGGCUAUGAAAAAUCCAGAAGUUUAAACAACAUAACUGGCAUGGCAGGCAAUGCCUUGAGACUGUCUCCAGUAAUAUCACCUUACAGCUCACCUUGUCUAAGACGCUCUCGAUCUCCCAUCCCAUCUAUCUUGUAA